AAUUCUUAUUAGGGUGCGUGUCUUUCUUUCGCUAUCACUCGUCGCCGUGUCUAUAUAACUUGUUCGCACCUUUUUAUUCGAGUGAAUUCUUGUGACGAACGACAACAUGAAUCGCCUCUGCACUCUCUUCACUUUCGCGGCGGCGACCUUUUUCGCAGUUGAGGGCGCACCUUCGAGGGAACUGGACGUGCAGCAGCGUGCGUGGAUCGUGUUCCCUGGCGAGACCGAAACUGCCCACCUGGCCAUGCUCAGCCACCCUGUCAACAAACCGCGCCUCCUCCAGCCCAACACCGACGUCACCUUUCAUCUCUACACUAGGAGCAACCCUGACUUGGCCCGGCAGAUUUGGGUGGGCAACGUGGACAGCGCGCCCUUUGACCCUUCCAAAGAGACUAAAUUCCUGAUCCACGGCUUCGGUGCCGACGCCCUCUCCCCCUGGAUCAUCGGCGUCAAAAAUGCCCUGUUGGAGCGUUUUGAUUGCAACGUGGUGAGCGUGGACUGGUCGGUGGCGGCGCAAGGGCCGCUUUACAACGAGGCGAGGGCGAACGCGGCGGCGACGGGCGAGCACGUGGGCGCCAUGUACGCCUACCUGGACGGCCUGGGACAAGGCGUGGACGGCGUCCACUGCGUCGGCUUCAGCCUGGGCGCGCACGUGUGCGGCUUCAGCGGCAAGGCGGUGGGCGGGGCCCUGGGCCGCGUCACCGCCCUCGACCCCGCGCUGCCCCUCUUCGCCCUCGACGCCCCCGAGGCCCGUCUCGCCACCUCGGACGCCGCCUACGUCGACGUCGUCCACACGUGCGCCGGCUGGCUCGGCUUCGACGCGCCCAUCGGACACGCCGACUUCUACCCCAACGGCGGCGCCUCCGUCCAGCCCGGCUGCGCCACCGACGUCACAGGUCAUUGCAGUCAGCACCGAGCGGCCGAGUUCUUCGUGGAGUCGAUCAACUCGAACAACUUCAUCGGACGCGAGUGCGCAAGUUGGAGCGACUUCCAGAACGGUCUGUGUGACGAGAGCACCAGGACGGUGAUGGGCUUCUCCUCCGACCCCAGCACUCGAGGCACGUUUUUCUUGGUGACGGCCGAAACCGCGCCCUUCGCCCUUGGAUGAUGAAUUAUGAAAAAAAUCGAUCACCUUCUUACUUUAUUCAUCUCAAAGCGAGCAGCUUGCUUUUACUUUUAAGCGCAAUAAAUUAUAUUCCAAUAACUCAAUAAGCAA